UAUGGAAGCCUAAAAUUGUAAUUAAUCUAAAUUUAAACUUAGAAAUAACUAAAGCAGUAAUAGAUGGAUUCGAAAAUUUAUUAUUAACUUAACCUUAAUUUAAUUCAUAAAAGAAGAAAGUAUUUUUAGAAGAUAACAUAAAAUAUGGAAAGGAGAUUGAAAGAGAUUACAAUAAAUUAUAAGAUAUAAUAGAUGUAUUAUAAAUUUAGAAAUUUGAUUAGAAUUUAUAAGGCAAAGUGGAUAAAAUAAUUAAAUCACAAGAAGAUGAUUUUAUGAUUGCUUACAAAGAACAAAUGACAGAAAUAUAAAAAGAAUUAAAGACUAUGAAAAGAAAAAUAGAUGAAGAAGCUCUUCGAUAAAAAGCUGAUGAAAAAAAAAGAAUUUUAGAGGAAGAGAGAGACUAUUUCAGAGAAGAGGCGUUGAGAUUAGAUAAAUUAUGCUAAGAACAAUUAAGAACUAUUGAAGAAUUGAAGUUUAAAUUGAAAAUAACUUUAGAAGAAAAAUAAUAUUAUGAAGGCUUUGUUAUUGGUAUAUAUGUUAGUAUUAAGAAAUUAGAUUCUAAAAAAGAAAAUAAAGCUUUAAAAUAUGAACUUCUUUAUUUAUAUAAAUAAAAAAGUGAAGAAUAAAAAAUAGGGUAAAGAGUAGGUUCAGUUGGUAAUGUAAAUCCAAGAACAAUCAUUAAAAAAAAUAUUGAUUAUAGACCAUUUACUUAAGAGGGCACUCAAAUGACUGCAACUAAAGAUGAGUUAGGAGAAGGGUCAAAACGAGAUUUUUCAUCAGUAAAAUAAGGAUAAAAAACAUAAUUAUCGAGUAAGAUACAAGAUUAUGGAUCAUCUUAACAUGAUUUUUUUAGAAGAGAUCUAUCCUCCUAAUAAUAAAGUAGAUAUAACCAGGAUAUACAAUAAGUAUAAAAAAUUAUUUAUUAGAUUGAAGAAACUACUAAAAAAGAUUUGAUUUAAGAGCUUAAAUCAUAAUUAUAAAAAGAAAAAUAAAUUAUUUAAUAGUUGAAAGUAGAGUUAUCAAAACAAAAUUGUGUAAAAGGAGAAUUAGAAUAAAUAUUAUUAGAUUGUGUAAAUGAAAUGAAAAAAGAAGUUCAUUAUCGUUAAAGUUAAUAAAAAUAAUUUUUAAAUCACAGAUUUUCAGAUCCAUAACCGAAUUUAGAUGGUGAAAUGAAUUUCUCUUAAUUCACUCAUACUGAUAAGAUGUAUUUAAUUCAAAUAUUCUUAGAUAAUUAUUAAAAAGAUAUAUUGGAAGUGAAGAAUUUUUAGAAUAAUUAUAUCAUAUCACUUUCAAUAAUUAGAUGUAAUUAUCUACAUCAUUAAAAUUAAAUGAGAAAUGGAAAAUGGAUGCAGAUGAAGCUGCCAAAAAAUUUAAUAAUUUUAAAUAAUUUAAGUUUAAGAACAUCACAAGUCAACGUAAAAUUUAAUAUAACUUUAGCGAUUUUAAAAACUUCUCUAAUAAAAAGGUAAGACAAAGAGAUUGAAUAAAUUUCAAACAAUUUCACUGAAAAAACGAAAGGGCUAAUCGACAAAAUCAUAAAGAGUUGAA